GGGGCGCGACGGUAGGUGUUUAGUUUAGAAGAUUUGAUGAUCAGCUGAUAUCAAGUAGGGAAGGGAACGAGGUUGAGGUCCGUGCAACAAUGGCAGCAAGCGAUGCUCACGUGAUUGUGAGUGUUGACGUGAAAGAUGUUCGCUUUCCCACGUCACUGGAAGGUGACGGAUCUGACGCCAUGGUGAUCCUGACAACAAGUCUUGCCCUGAAGGCCAAAUGGCCUAACAUUUACUAUAGGAGAGGAACGAUGAUAGUUGUGCAAGCUGUGAAGUCAAUGUGCCAUCUGGUGGUAGGUCAGAAACUAAAGAAUAUAUUCGAUGACUUUUCUAGCUUUUGGAGAAAACUAACUAGCGACAGUCAGUUGCGAUGGGUUGGACCCGAAAAAGGUGUCAUUCACCUAGCGACAGCGGCAAUCGUCAAUGCCCUUUGGGAUCUAUGGGGCAAGGCUGAAGGAAAGCCAGUCUGGAAGCUGCUAACUGACAUGACCCCAGAGCAGAUUGUAUCUCUGGUUGACUUCAGAUACAUAACAGACGCAUUGACACCUGAUGAAGCUCUUGCCAUCCUGAAGCAGCACCAGAGCACGAAGCACGAAAGGGAGGCACAGCUUGUAGAGCAGGGUUAUCCUGCGUACACAACAUCUGUUGCAUGGCUGGGAUAUAGUGACGACAAGAUAGAAAAGCUGGGCAAGCAGGCACUGGAUGAGGGCUGGACCAACGUGACACACUAUGACAAACACACAGAUCCAGAUUAUUCAUGUGCCUAUGUGAUCCUGACAACAAGUCUUGCCCUGAAAGGCCAUGGCCUAACAUUUACUAUAGGAAAGGGAACCGAGAUAGCGACGGGCGGGGCGAAUCGCGCUGCCGAGAUAUGCAAGAAAGUGGCCGUGUCCUCAGCAGGCAAGGCAUCUGCGCCGAGAUCGCUGCCGAAGUGUCAGUACGUGCGGCACACAGGUGUUCGCUUGACACGAGCGUGUCUGAACCUCAACAAGCACAUGGAGUCCACAACGAUCCGAAGUGUGGCACGUAUGGUGACGUCCAGACACUCAGCUCAUAUGCACAUUGAGACUGCAUUGACGGAGAUAGAGCAUAUCCUGUUGAUGUUUGUGGAAGUGCUGGGGGUGCCGGGAGGGCCAGACAUGUUAGCCCUGCAACCUUUGGGUAUCGGCGUUGCGACGGGGGAGCAGUGCCACAACCGCGUCAUGUUUAAGCAGUUCCUGCAGGCCGGCGCGAUGCAGUUCUGCCAGAUUGACAGCUGUCGUCUUGGCGGAGUCAACGAGAUCAUUGCCGUCCUGCUAUUGGCCGCAAAAUUCAAAGUGCCGGUGUGUCCGCACGCGGGAGGACUAGGCCUCUGCGAGCUCGUGCAACAUAUGGCCAUCUUUGACUAUAUAUGUGUGUCUGCUUCGUUAGAAAACAGGGUGACUGAGUUUGUCGAUCAUCUGCAUGAACAUUUUGUGAAUCCGGUGAUCAUAAGAAAUGCUGCGUACAUUCCCCCACAGGCACCUGGCUAUAGCAGCGAGUUGAAACAGGAAUCUCUGGAUGCCCACACCUAUCCAGGUGGCAGCACCUGGCAGAUGCUUUUUCACAAAGGCAUUUUCAAGUCUAAUUGAUGCGCAAAAAAGACGAUUUCCCCAAAAUAAUUAAUUGUGGCAUGAAAUUAUAUCACGACCUUAUGUAUUCCAUACAUAUAUAAUAUAAAUGAUAUUUUUUUCGAAUUAUUACACUAAGAUUUCAUGCUGCUUCAAAUGAGUUAAAUGACCCAUGCAAUUAUGACAAACGUGUAUUACUGAUGCAAAUAUUAUUAUGAUAGAAGAUGUAGAUGUAUUCACCGGAAUAUAUAUAUAUCUUUGAGACACCU